AUGGUCACCAACGGGGAGAUCAACGGCGUCCCGCCACCACACACCAUCUUCGACACCAUCCUCGUCCUCGACUUCGGCUCUCAGUACACGCACCUGAUCACGCGCCGACUCAGAGAGCUCAAUGUCUACUCUGAGAUGCUGCCGUGUACGCAAAAGAUCGCGGAUCUUGCUUGGAAACCGAAAGGUGUCAUCCUAUCUGGCGGCCCAUACUCCGUCUACGCUGAAGACGCCCCACACGUUGAUCCUGCGGUCUUCGACCUCAACGUCCCAAUUCUAGGUAUCUGCUACGGACUGCAAGAGCUGGCUUGGCACUUUGGCAAGAAUGUCGCCGCAGGAGAAAAGAGGGAGUACGGCCGCACAAACGUGCAAGUCACUCGUCACAACGGUCACAUCGAUCACCUGUUCGACGGUUUAGAAGACGGAUUGGAAGUCUGGAUGUCUCACGGCGACAAGCUUUCCAAAUUGCCAGACAACUGGGUCACUACCGCGACCACCUCGAACGCACCGUACGCAGGCAUUGCUCACUCGAGCAAGCCUUACUACGGGAUCCAAUUCCACCCUGAAGUCACACAUACGCCGAUGGGCAAAUAUGUGAUCAAGAAUUUCGCCGUUGGGAUCUGCAAGGCACAACAGAACUGGACAAUGGGCGCGUUUGUGGACAAGGAGAUUGCAAGGAUCAGAGGCUUGGUUGGGGACAAGGCUCAAGUCAUUGGUGCAGUCAGUGGUGGUGUUGACUCUACUGUCGCGGCGAAGCUCAUGCAAAAGGCCAUUGGUGAUCGCUUCCAUGCUGUCAUGGUAGACAACGGUGUCUUGCGACUCAAUGAGGCGAUUGAGGUUGAGCAGAACCUGAGGGAAGGCCUUGGUAUCAACCUGACUGUAAUUGAUGCCAGCAAGCUCUUCUUGGGCAGGCUCGCUGGAGUCUCUGAUCCAGAGAAGAAGCGCAAGAUCAUCGGCAACACCUUCAUCGAUAUCUUCCAGGACGAGGCAAAGAGGAUCGCAGCAGCAGCUGAAAACACUGAACGCGCUGGCAAGAUCGAGUGGUUCCUACAGGGCACGCUCUACCCAGAUGUCAUCGAAUCGAUUUCCUUCAAGGGCCCGAGCGCAACGAUCAAGACGCACCACAACGUUGGAGGCCUGCCUGAGAAGAUGGACCUUAAGCUAAUUGAGCCCCUGCGCGAACUGUUCAAGGACGAAGUGCGUGCUCUCGGCACUGAGAUGGGUAUCCCGGACGACCUGGUCUGGCGUCAUCCAUUCCCUGGUCCCGGCAUCGCUAUCCGUAUUAUCGGCGAAGUCACCCCAGACCGAGUGCGUAUUGCACAAGAGGCCGACAAGAUCUGGAUCUCCGAGAUCAAGGAAGCUGAGUACUACCGCGCCAUCUCGCAGGCUUAUGCCGCAGUACUCGGUGUGAAGGCUGUGGCCGUUGUGGGUGACCAGCGUCUGCAUGGCGAGAUCAUUCAUCUCCGCGCUGUACAGACGACGGACUUUAUGACCGCCGAUGCCUUUGAAGAUUUCAGCCUGAAGUGGCUGAAGCGAGUCUCGGGUCGUAUUGCGAACGAGGUAUCAGGUGUUGCAAGAGUAGUGUACGAAACGACUAGCAAGCCUCCCGCCACGAUCGAGCUGGAGUAG